UGCCUGCCCGCCUGCCUCUGGACUGUAGUUUGCCAGCUUUCCUGCCGUCGCUCCGCAGCUGGAUGGCGUGGGACAUGUGCAACCAGGAUUCUGUAUGGAGUGAUCUCGAGUGUGCUGCUCUGGUUGGUGAAGACCAGCCUCUUUGCCCAGAUCUCCCAGAACUUGACCUCUCUGAACUAGAUGUGAACGACCUGGAUGCAGACAGCUUUCUGGGGGGACUCAAGUGGUACAGCGACCAGUCAGAGAUCAUCUCCAAUCAGUACAGCAAUGAACCCGCCAAUAUAUUCGAGAAGCUAGAUGAAGAGAGCGAGGCAAACUUGCUAGCUGUUCUCACUGAAACACUGGACAGCAUCCCUGUGGAUGAGGAUGGAUUGCCUUCAUUUGAUGCACUGACAGAUGGAGAUGUGACCAACGAAAAUGCCGCUAGCCCCUCCCCAAUGCCCGACGGCGCCCCUCCAACUCAGGAGGCAGAAGAGCCGUCUCUACUUAAGAAGCUCUUGCUGGCUCCAGCCAACACUCAGCUAAAUUACAAUGAAUGCAGUGGUCUCAGCACACAAAACCAUGCAAACACUAAUCACAGGAUCAGAACAAGCCCUGUGGUUGUUAAGACUGAGAAUUCAUGGAGCAAUAAAGCGAAGAGCAUUUGUCAACAGCAAAAGCCUCAAAGACGUCCCUGCUCUGAACUUCUCAAAUAUCUGACUACGAAUGAUGAUCCUCCUCAGACCAAACCAGCAGAGAACAGGAACAGCAGCAAAGAGAAAUGCACCUCCAAAAGGAAGCCCCAUCUGCAGUCUCAGACAAAUCAUCUGCAGGCCAAACCAACAAGUUUAUCACUUCCAUUGACACCCGAGUCACCAAAUGAUCCCAAGGGUUCCCCAUUUGAGAACAAGACUAUUGAACAAACCUUAAGUGUGGAACUCUCUGGAACUGCAGGCCUAACUCCACCUACGACCCCUCCUCAUAAAGCCAACCAAGAUAAUCCUUUUAGGACUUCACCUAAACUGAAGUCGUCAUGCAAGACUGUUGUACCACCUUCAAAAAAGCCCCGCUAUAGUGAGUCUUCCGGUUCUCCAGGAAAUAACCCAAUCAAGAAGGGUCCAGACCAGUCUGAGCUGUACACACAGCUUAGCAAGACUACAGUACUGUCCAGUGGACAUGAGGAGAGAAAGACAAAACGGCCCAGUUUGCGGCUGUUUGGUGACCAUGACUACUGUCAAUCUGUGAAUUCAAAAUCGGAAAUACACAUUAAAAUAUCCCAGGAACUUCAGGACUCCAGACAACCAGAAUUUAAGGAUUCUUCACCUGGGUGGCAGUGUCAGAUUUGUUCUUCUUUAGAACAAGACCAGUAUUUCAAGAAAGAGACUUUACAGACAAAUAAGCAGGGAUCCCAUGGUAAUAACAGAAAACAGCUCCAAGACCAGGAAAUUCGGGCUGAACUGAAUAAGCAUUUUGGUCACCCCAGCCAAGCUGUUUUUGAUGAAGAAGCAGAUAAGAGCAGAGAACUAAGGGACAGUGAUUACAGUAAUGAACAAUUCUCCAAACUACCUAUGUUUAUAAAUUCAGGACUAGCAAUGGAUGGUCUGUUUGAUGACAGUGAAGAUGAAAGUGAUAAACUAUGCUACCCUUGGGAUGGGACACAAGCCUAUUCAUUAUUUGAUGUAUCACCUUCUUGCUCUUCUUUUAACUCUCCAUGCAGAGAUUCAGUGUCUCCACCCAAAUCCUUAUUUUCUCAAAGAUCCCAAAGGACACACUCUAGAUCAAGGUCCUUUCCUCAACGCAGGUCUUGUUCCCGUUCUCCAUAUUCCCGAUCGAGAUCAAGGUCGCCCUGUAGUAGAUCGUCUUCAAGAUCUUGUUGCAAUUGUGAGUCCAGCCACUGUAGACACCGAGCAUACAGAAGUUCUCCCUUAGGUGGAAGAUCGCGGUCCAGAUCACCGUACAGUCGCAGACCCAGAUAUGACAGCUAUGAGGAAUAUCAGCAUGAAAGGCUGAAGAGGGAAGAAUACCGCAAAGAGUAUGAAAAACGGGAAUCUGAAAGGGCCAAGCAAAGGGAGAGACAGAGGCAGAAAGCAAUUGAAGAACGUCGUGUGAUUUAUCUGGGUAAAAUCAGACCUGACACAACCCGAACAGAACUGAGGGACCGGUUUGAAGUUUUUGGUGAAAUUGAGGAGUGCACAGUAAAUUUGCGGGAUGAUGGAGACAGCUAUGGUUUCAUCACCUACCGCUAUACUUGUGACGCCUUCGCUGCUCUUGAAAAUGGAUACACUUUACGCAGGUCAAAUGAACCUGAUUUUGAGCUGUACUUCUGUGGACGCAAGCAGUUUUGCAAGUCUAACUAUGCAGACCUAGAUUCAAACUCAGAUGAUUUUGAUCCUGCUUCUACUAAAAGCAAGUAUGACUCCAUGGAUUUUGAUAGUUUACUCAAAGAGGCACAGCGGAGCCUGCGUAGGUAACAAGCAUGUCAUCCGAGGAAAACAAAGGGAUGGCAAAUACCUCACGGACAUCACGUCCUUCAAUAAUGGACAACUAAAAAGUCGUACUUAGGAAUUUCUCCUACUUUACACUCUCUGUUCAAAACCAUGGUUUACAUGAACACAGCUGCUCGAGGAGUGGAGGGGCAGGAUGCUGUCCAGUAAGCACACACAUGUCCAUGGGUGUCAGCUGCGCUUUCACGGGUGAGCGGUGGCGGGGGAGCCGGGCGUUCCUUGCGAGUUCAAUGCAAAUCACGAGACAUGGCAGCAGUUCCACAGAGAUACACGUACAACGAUGAACUGCAAAAUCUGUACAUACUGCAUUUUAACAAAAAAAAAGAACAAAAACAAACAGAAAAAAAACCCCAGUGUGAGAACUAUGGCUGCUGAUGUCUGGGGAUCAGACACUGCAUAUUUUUUUUUUUUGUAAAGAAGCUUCUUCUCACAAUAUGAUGAUAAUAUGACAAUCCAGAAGAAAUCACAGGUCCCAGAAGCCUGCAAUUUGUCUUAGCUUUGUUUUAAGAUUGUUCUUUUUUUGGUUGGUUUGUUUUUUGGAUUUUUUUUGGUGGGUUUUUUUUGGGUUUUUUUUUGUUUUGGUUUUUUUGGGGUUUUUUGGGUUUUUUUUUGGGGUUUUUUUUUUUAGAAAAGAAAAUUAAAAGGCUCAAGCUUCCCUAACAUUUUGAAGUUUCAUCUUUUAAUUCUGACACCCAUGUAAAUGUCUACAACAUUGAUCUUCCACAGCAAAAUUUUCAAAGCCUUGUUAAUGGUCAAAUGUGCAGCUUGUUCAGCGAUUUAUUCUAAUGAGCGGACGUGGUGUUACAUUAUUAAUGAGAGUUGGAUAUAACUAUCUGGGUGUGUGCACAGAUAGUUUAUUUGCUACAUUCUCUAAAGUAGUUGAGUAUUUACAAAUGUUAAAUGGAGUAUUUUUAUUUAUGUACAUACAGUAUGACGAUGUUCUUUUUUGUUACAGCUAUGCACUGUAAAUGCAGCCUUCUUUUCAAAAACUGCUGAAUUUUUCUUAAUCAAGAAUACUCAAAUGUAAUUAUAUGAGGUGAAACAAUUAUUGUACACUAACAUAUGUAGAAAGCUGAACUUAUGCUUAUAUAUAUUUGAUUGUAAAAAAAAAAGAAAAGCGUGUGGAUGAAGGUGUGAGUGUGCAUAUGUGUGCAUGUGUGUCUGAGUGCAAAAAUGCAUUAUUCACAUUCAUCCCUUCUUUGGUGAGCUUAUAUAAGAAUUUUGUCAAGAAUUAUCCUAGCCCAAAAGAUAUUAACCACCUUCUGCAGUAUUUUUCCACAUUUUUCUCAUUGCUUGAUUUUCUUUUGCAGUUUUAUACACUGAAUUUGUUAGGGGAAUGAAAUUUUCUCAUCUAAAUUUUUCUAGAAAAUAUCAUAAUUUUAUGUAAAGUCUCUCAAAUGGGUAAUCAUUAAGAAAUGUUUUUAUUUUAUGUAUCAACAGUAGUUUUGGAACUAGAGGUCAAAAAUCUUUUUAAAAUGCUAUUUUGUUUUAAUUUUUGUGAUUUUAGUUUGAUAAAAAUAUGCUGAGAUACUAAGUACAGUAUGAUUUUUACAGUAAUUCUGUGUCUAAACACUCUUCUUGAAGCCAGUAAUCUUUACAUUGGCAGAGUUUAAUGAUGGUAUUUAUCUAUAUUUUUUACAGUUAUACAUCCAGUAUAAAUACCAAUCCUUCAUUCCUUUGUUUACUAAAGAGACAUAUUUAUCAGUUAUAAUUAUCCUAUUUAUUAUAAAUUAUGAGAUGACUAAAAGAAUAAAAAGGCCAGUGGAAAUUUUAUACCUAGGAUGCAUGAUGGUUGUCAGUUGGGAGUAAGCAAGUGCUUUGUUUGGAAAUUCCGCUUUUGCAGAAGCAGUGGGUUGGUUUUGGGUUUUUUCCUUUUUUUUUACUAUGUACUAGCAUGGCCUCAGAUGUGCCCAUGACAUUGUUGCUGAUGACAUUGCUUCUGUUAAAUUAAAUACAAAUUUCAGGAAAGAAAAAAAACCACAAGAGUAUAAACUACUGCUAUUCUGAGCAUCAGAAUUUCAUCUGAACUCAGAGUCUCUACUGAAUCAGCAAAGUUUGAAAUUUGCUUGUGAAUGUAUAGAUUUCUUAUUCUAUUACUCUUUGGCAUUCAUGACUCCUCUUAAAGGUAUGGCACACCUAACUAUUUAAUCUACCUUCCCACUCCAAAUCUUAGAAAACUGAUUCUACCCCCAUGACAGUGCAGUUGAUUUUGAUGGCUGCAUUCAUUUUAUCACCAGCAUAUUGUGUUCAGAGAGAUUCCACUGUCUGUCCUGUCGGAUGCUUGCUUGAUUCUUUGGCUUCUUAUUUCUCAGUAGAUAGAUAGCAAUAAAACAAAAAAAAAAAAAGAAAAUAACUUUUCUGGAGGUUCUGUGUUACAAAUGUAACAUCCUUUACUCUGCAUAAUUCUUGUUGUUGCUCUGUAGGUUAAAAAUGCAGGUAUUUUAACUUUGUGUGAAUGCCAAACUAAAAGUUUACAAUUUUCCUUUCUGGAUUUUGAGUAUCUUCUGUUGUAAAGAAAAAUAUUAAAAGCAAUAAAUUAUUUUUAAGAAAUCAAUAUUUAGUAUAUCAUAUUAUGUGUUCAAGGACCAGACACAUUACCUAUUUUGCCUUUACAUUUCUGUGAUUAAAUUUUAAAACGUUCUCUUUUGCCCUAGAUUGCUGACAUUAAGAAAUUGGUGUGGGGCUUGUGUGGGGGCAUUAUUUAUUUUUCACCAAGCAGGCAUAAUGACGUGAGUCAAUUUUUUUUUUUCACUGGCCUGGCAAGCAUUUUCAUCUUGAAGAUGGCUUUCCUCUGUGGAUUUACAAAUUACAUAUGAAAUUAAUAGAGCUAGGAUUGCUGAAUAGAGCUAUUUGGAUCUUUCAUAGACACUGUAGUAGGAAAUCCAUCAAAAUAUAAACUCAGUGUUUACUUUUAUUUUUUUCUUCCCCAAGAAAAUUUCAAAUUAGCACAUGUACCACAUUGUCACCAGAGGCAAAUUGCAGUAUAGCUCUGUGUGUCUUUUAUAAGAAGCCUGUGCUGUUGCUUUCAUGCUGUGGUAAGUACCACAUCCACAAUACAGGUAACAAAACUGGUACUUAGGAACUGUGGUCUUUCCUAGAGCUGUAACUGAGUAAUUCCUACAGAACGAAAAAUUAUCUAAAUACUAAUCCAAACAGAGGGAGCCUAAAGAUGAAGAAAAAUACCUGUGCUAAACUACUCUGAAAAGCAGUUGGGCUGGCAUUACCAAGAGCAGCACUGAGAGGAAAGUUUGUGCCUCUGGGGUAAUAAUACUUGGGUCAGUUGAAAAAAAAAAAAAAAAACAAACCAAUAACCAACAAACACAACCACACCUCCUUCUCAUCCCUUUAGAUGUAAGCCUACAGUAGGUAAUGAUUUGUGUCCUUCUUAAUGGCUGUAAUGAGAACUUCAAUCAGUGUAGUGUAAGAUCUGAUCUAUAAAUGAACUAGAAUAGCCAUGUAAUAUAAUGUGAUGAUUCUAAAUUUGUACCUAUGUGACAGACAUUUUCAAUAAUGUGAACCACUGACCUGAUGGAGCUACUGUAAGAUUUGUACAGUAGGUGAACAUGUAAAGUUGUAGGUUGGACUAUGCUGAACAGGGGAAGUGAGAUAGUAGUUAAGCCCAAGCUGGGCUAUUUUCCACCUGCCGAUUCUACAUGUACUUUUGUGGUUUAAUUCAUUGUAUGAAAAUUCCUGUGAUUUUUUUCUUUUUUUUAAUGUGCAGUACACAUCAGCCUCACUGAGAAAAUAAAGGGAAACGAAUGUUUCAAAUCAA